AGCGACUCGGAACUAAAGUCGCACAUCGACGAUCGAGACGAGCGGUUUUUACAGUGACUCAAAACGUCACUGAUUUGGAGCAGUAAUAUCAUACAGACUGUUGUAAUGGCAGGGGGAGGGGCAGCAGGCGUUGACCUCAGCAGGAAGUUUGUGUCGGAGGCAGAGCUCGACGAGAUGAGAAAGAAGAGACAGGAGGAGUGGGAGAAAGUCAGGAAACCUGACGACCCAGAGGAGGCCCCAGAGGAGGAGUAUGACCCACGUUCCCUCUAUGAGCGACUGCAGGAGCAGAAAGACAAGAAGCAGGAGGAAUAUGAGGAGCAAUUCAAAUUCAGGAACAUGGUGAGGGGAUUGGACGAGGAUGAGACCAGCUUCCUGGACGAGGUCUCCCGGCAACAGAGCCUCGUGGAGAAGCAACGCAGGGACGAGGAGAAGCAAGAACUACUGGAAUACAGAAUAUCCUUCGUCGAGUAUAGACAGGUGUCUGACAGACAGAUUUGCCUGCAGAUGAAGAGAAUCGGUUGUCGUGGAAACUGUAUCAUAGGCUGCGCUCUAGUGAAGCAAGUGUCAGCCGAAAGCCGCAGAGAGCCUGAGAAGAAGGCAGCACCAAAACAUUCAGGUUCAGAGCAAAGGACCAGCCACCUAUCUCAGGCCCAUUUAUUGGCUGGAGCUGUCAAGAGACGCAGUUCCUCCCAGUCGACAGACAGCAGUAAGAAACAGAAGGUGGAAAUCACAACAGCAACGAAAGGAAAUGGAGACAGACAGACAGAACAGGAGGAAGGAGCAGGAGGAGGAGCAGGUGGAGCUGAAGAUCAACAAACAGUCCCCGGGCUGACAGCAGAGACCCCCUCAGCUCCCCUGAGCUCCAGUCAAGGCAUGUUACACCUGCCGUCAGCAGCCGUGUGCGUCGGCGUUUUACCAGGACUGUGGGUUUAUUCUGGCAGCAGCGACUCUGACAGCAGCUCGGACAGCGAAGGUAGCGUGGACGCAAUUAUGUUGCCGUACCCCCGGCACAGCAGGGCGUACAGAUAGACACACAGCAGCAUCCACACGCACAGCCUCUGAAGCUUGUUUGCCUGCCUUUAGAAUGGUUUGCAAACAGUCAGAAAAGGUAACAUCACACGAGAAACCUCACACACAGAAAGAUUAAAGGUCAUGCAUACACACAUUGUUAUAGAGGUACACACACAAAAACAGAACUUACAGAAGCGUACCUGCAGGCAACACAAGUUCACAUUAUGUUAGAGUCAUAAACAGGCAACACACACAAAGGAAACAUUUUCAGCAUUCCUGUUGUUUUCACAGCUGUGAGUUGAACUGUUACUCUUUGUCAGCAGACAAAGUUCAGCCCAGUAAUAUAAUCCUAACAAGCAGUGAAAUUUAAAUCAAUUUAAACUCUAUUCUAAACUAAAUCUGUGUAUCUAUUUGUGGUUUUUUGCUAUUGUGGCACUCGAACAUGACACCUCCACCCUUCCUUCCCUUAAUCACAU